AUGUCGUCAGUAUUCAUUUCAAAUUGUUUCAUUAAAUCAGUUGUUAUAACUAUCAAUAGUAUAUCUGGUACUGCGAUAUACAGGACAGAAAUAGGCGGUUUUAGAGGAUUAUUGUUUAAAGGAUUUUUUAAUAGUAAUAAAGAUGAAAAUAUUCUACACUUAAUACAAACGAUCAUUGUUAAUGACAAUGAGGAUUUAACCGAAGAAGACUUGCCAAUGAAUCAAAGCCAACUUUUGAUAUUUUCUGGUGUAGUGCAAAAUAAUUCUUACGUUGAAGACAACACAAGAGACCAUUUCAUUAUCAAACGAAAAAUUUAUAAUCCAACUACUAAAAAUUCUAUUGAUUCCAAUAUAUAUGUUUCUUAUGAAUAUAAUAACAGGUACACGGCAUUAAAAAAAAAUUUAAUUAAAUGUGUUUUUUCAAUUGUAGGUAAAAUGAGAAUUAGUAGGUCCAAUGCGUUACAUUUAGAAGCUACAGAAAUAGAAUGGAAUUUUCCACAAUCAGAACAAAAAACUAACAAUAAUGAACGAAAAUAUGAUGACAUAGAUGAUGAGUUGGAAAAAAUUGAAAAUAAAUUCAAAACAAAUAAUAAAAGAAAAAAAAGUUCAAACACUCCUACAUCACCUAUCAAAACACCUUCAUCCACUUCAUCUUCAUCUACCAACAAAACACCUACUUCUAGUACUUCAUAUAUUGAUUUAGCAAAAGAAUUCCAAGAUGAAAAUGAUGAGCAUAAAAAAUAA